AUGGAAAAUUUAUUACAAGUUGAAGUUAACGAUUUAACUGAGGAGGAUUCCGAUGAAAACAAAGAAUGUAACGGAGUGCACGAGACAACGGAUGACAGAAUGGAGUUUAAUGGAACACAAAAAUUUUCUAGACAUUCGUCAUUAUCAAAUAGGGAGUUAGACGUUAUCAAAGAGAGUUCUAGGAGUUCGAGUGAUACUGAAGUGACUUUAACCCGAUGA